AUGGAAGCAUUUCAAAAGAUACAUCCAUUGGAGUUCUAUAGGAAGUUCUUGGAGAGAGAUGUUAGACCAGAUGGAAGAUCACUUACAACACUGCGGAAGACGACUGUUGCUACUGGCUCAAUCCUGACGGCAGACGGCUCGUCAUUCGUAAAGAUAGGCAACACUUCAAUAAUAUGUGGUGUUAGGGCAGAGGUAGCAGAGUAUCAAAUCAACAACAGCAAUAACAACAACAAUGGCAACAGCAAUGGCAAAGACAACAAAGGUGGCAACACAUCGACAAGUGAUGCAACAACAACUUCUACUACCACAUCACAACGUUAUUGUAAAGAUCAGAUAUUUGUAAAUGUCGAACUUGGACCAAUAUGCUCAAACAUAUUCUCAUCAAGCAAGCCUUCAGAGAAGGCUAUGACAUUGUGUUCACAGAUGAAUCGAUUGGCAAACCUGUUGGAGAUUGAACAGAGCGAACUUAACUUUGACAGCGAGGGCCGUUUUAGAUGGUACCUCUACGUCGACCUAUACUGUCUGGACUACAAUGGAAACAUAUUGGACGCGGCCAUCAUCGCCAUGCUGACGGCGCUCAAGAACGUGCGACUGCCACGCGGCAUCGUCGAGGACGGCGAGCCACUGAGAGACUGCGACAGCAUGCGCGUCCUCAAUGUGCCGACCUACUUCUCGCCUCUGACCUUUGCCCUGAUCGACGAUUACGUGCUCUCGGACCCAUCACUGGAGGAAGAGAAGUUGGCCAGUGGCAGCAUCACCCUGGUGUACAAUCAACACGGCGACAUCUGUCUGUCCGUGGUAAGCAGCACAGCCAGCAUUAACGACAAUACUCUGCAACAGUGCCGAGACAAGACCAAAGAGCGUAUCAAAGACGUUAUCGACCUAAUCGAUCAAUCAUGUACUGUUCAAUCCAUUGUUUGA